AUGGCAUCCUCGAGAAGGUUGCUGGCGGUGGCUUUGCUGGCGAUGCUGGUCGCCGGCGCUUGGUGCGCGGCCCCGGUGACAUUCACGGUGGAGAAGGGGUCGGACACGGGGUCAGGCAAGAAGCAGCUGACGGUGCUGGUGAGUUACGACAUGCCAGGCGACACCAUGUCGGAGCUGGAGAUCAUGCAGCACGACGCCGACGACUGGGUGGCCAUGACCAAGGGCGAGGGCGGCCUGUGGACCUUCGAGAGCGCCGAUCCGCUCGUGGGCCCCUUCAACUUCCGCUACUUCACUAAGAAAGGCUUGAAGAACGUCUACGACAACGUCAUCCCCGACAACUACACCAUCGGCACCACCUAUACACCUCAAGGGUAG